AUGGAGUCCUCCGAGCCGGCACUGCGCCGCUCCAAGCGCGAGCACCAGCCGAGCGCCAAGGCCGCGGCCUCUGCUGCGUCUUCCUCGCUCUCCGCUGUCGGUACCAGCGCCGCGCGUCGCUCGCAACGGCGCCGCGUAACCCACUCAUCGUCGCCAGCAUCCACCCCCGCGUCUACACGUAACUCGUCGCCUGUGCGGGGUACGCUGAGCUCGCCCGCGCCGUCCAAGGAGCUCGUGUCUGUCGCGGUCGACGCCGUGGGGCCCAAUGGCCAGCGGCGGCGGCUGCGGGCGGCGGCGCACACCGGCACGACGUCAAGUGUACCUCAUGGGGUACAGUCGGGUACUGGGGUACUCGACGACGGCAAGGUGCUGGGCAGGUACUCGAGCCACGACUGCGCGCUGCUGUGCGAGGUGAUUCUGGGCCAGUUGAAGCGGCAGACGCUGGCUCCGACGGUGCUGGACGAGCGCAAGUCGCCAGCGUACAUUAGAUGGGAGCCUGUGGCCAAGAAGAUGGAGACGACGCACAAGCUCCGGGUGACGCCGAGAGAGUGUCAGUUACUGUGGAAGUUCCUGGCUUACGGUCAAGUUCCGGUGCUGGGGGCGGAGCAGGAGGAUAACGAGCUGCUGCCAGACUCGGACGAGGAGGAUUUCCACAAACCCCCGAAGCAGAUCAACGCAGAGCUGGCGGCAAAAGCAGCAGAGAAGAAGAAAAGUGACGAAGUUGGGGCGACAGCCGAGUCGAAGGAGGACGAACAGGUUCCGGCAACAGAUUCCACCACUGAAGAUCGAGAUGAACAGACGGACUCGUCAGCAGCAGGAAAAGACCAGGAGGAUGCGCCGGAAGCAGGUGAUGAACUGGAGAGCGCGUCGUCGCUUCGGCUGUAUCCGACGUACUCGCUGCCUACGGGGGCGCCGGACGGAUGGUACCGUCCCUUCGCUCCGAAAGAUGCUUUGCCACUGACAUUUGUGGCCUCCAGAUUCCUCCGCCGGAAGGCAACUCCGCCGUUGACACAGUCAGUUUAUUCUCAGGCGGCGGCUGGAACGAGUGCUGCAGGGGCAGCAGAUCUCAAGCGGAAGCAGCAAGCGUCGGCAGUAAGUGCCACGGGGGCCAAGAAACCGAAGGUGGCCACGCCUCCGGUGUCGACGCCACCACGGACAUUCACGCCGUCGUCAACGCCUCCUCCUGCCGCGCAACGUGCUCGCUCCCAGCUCGAGUUCUUUGAGCUCCGACUUCGAGAAGAACAGGCAAAGACAACGCCCGGAAGUAAGUUCGAACUCUCGACUGCAGACAUCCAGCGUCGCUUCGGAGAGGCCUCGCCGGAGGUUCGGCGGCAGUGCCAAGUGCUGGCUGCGCAGGACGUCGAGCGGUUCAACCGAGAAGUGGUGCGCGUGCGCAUUUGGCAGAAGGCAAUGGGGGCGAACAACACCAAACCGAUAUCAACACUGGCACCAGCGCCGGCGGUUGGAACGACAUCGGUUUCGACAAAGAUCCCUAUGGUCACGAAGAGUUCAGGCCCUACCGCUGCCCUGCUUGCGCACGCUGCUGCGGUGGCCGCGACUGCCGCCAAAGCCAGGAUCAGUGAGCAGACAAAUACGACUGCAGGUGCGUCGAAAGCUGGUGAGGGAUCAGCUACGACAACAGCUGAAACGAAGUGA